AUGGAUGACUCUGAUAUGCUGAUCUCUUUCACAGACCCAGAGGAUGUUCUGAGUGUUACCAUUCCUCUGGAGGAGCCACAGCAUCCUCUACUAGGAGGAACGUUGGAUCUACCAUGUUACUUUGAGGACCACACUGCCCCAGACCCAGGAGCUCCCACCAUCGCUCCACUUUCUCAUCGUAUCAAAUGGAGCCUUGUCACCAAAGAAAAAGUCACAACUAUUUUGGUAGCCUUGGAAGGACAAGUGCGAAUCACCGAAAGCUACCUGGACAGAGUUCACCUGCUGGGAUACCCUUUGACUCCUACAGAUGCUAGCAUCAAGAUAUCUGAGCUGCGAUCCAGUGACUCAGGAGUCUACCGCUGUGAAGUUCAGCACGGCAUCGAGGACAGCCACGACAUCGUCCAUGUGCAGGUUCAAGGUCUGGUGUUCCACUACCGAGCCAUCAUGGGCCGCUACACUUUGACUUUUGAAAAGGCAAAAGCGGCGUGCCAACAGAACAGUGCCGUCAUGGCUUCACCUGAACAGCUUCAAGCUGCCUUCGAUGAUGGAUUCCACCAGUGUGACGCUGGCUGGCUUUCUGACCAAACUGUCAGGUAUCCAAUCCAUGAUCCUCGUGUGAACUGCUACGGUGACAAAGAGGAACAUCCUGGUGUCAGAACAUAUGGAGUAAGAGAGCUCAAUGAGACCUAUGACGUGUACUGCUUCACCGAGAAGAUGAUAGGCAGAGUUUUCUACACCGCUUCUGCAGAGAAGUUCACCUUCUCUGAGGCUAUGAUGGCAUGCUCCAAACAGGGAGCUCAGUUGGCCACUACUGGUGAACUCUACCUGGCCUGGCAGGGUGGUAUGGAUGUGUGCAACGCUGGAUGGCUGGGAGACAGGAGCGUCCGCUAUCCCAUCAACAUUCGUCGACCACAGUGUGGUGGGGGACUGUUGGGAGUGCGAACUGUUUACCGCCACACAAACCAGACAGGAUACCCACUUCCCGAGUCCCGCUAUGACGCCUUCUGCUACAUAGAGUCUCCUGAUGAGGAAGGUUCAGGCAUCAUAGAAGAGGGCAGUGGUGUGCUGAGUGUUACCACAGUGACGCAGAGCCCAGAGGUGUUCUUCAGGAGCACGACCACGGAGAGUGAGGCAGUCGGUGAGGUGGAGACUCAGCAGCCUACCGUUGUGGACUUCACCUUUACGGAGAACCCUACCGAGCUGCCGCUGCCUCAGCCACCAAACGUCACUGAGAUCAUCACUGAUCAGAUAGAGUCAGCCACCGCCCGGCCCGACAUAGGCAAGGAGCCCAGCAAAUGCUUUGAGAUGCCUCCAAAUGGUGUGGUCUUCCAUUAUCGCUCAAGCUCAAACCGUUAUGCCUUCACCUUCAUCGAGGCCCAGCUCGCUUGCCAGAGUGUCGGAGCCUCCAUCGCCACUCUGGAGCAGCUGCAGGCAGCAUACAAGGCUGGAUAUCACCAGUGUGAUGCAGGAUGGUUACUCGACCAGACUGUAAGGUAUCCCAUUGUUUUCCCUCGAGAUAAAUGUGCUGGAGAUCUGGGGGAUCGACCUGGAGUUCGGUCCUAUGGUUUGAGGCCAGCAGAUGAGAGAUAUGAUGUGUACUGCUACAUUGAUGGGCUCAAAGGGGAAGUUUUCCAUGUAGGCUCCGCUGAGGGUUUCACCUAUGAUGAAGCUGCUUUUAGCUGUCAAGAGCAGAACGCUGUACUGGCCUCCACUGGAGAGCUUUACGCAGCCUGGAAAUUGGGUUUUGACAAGUGCCGUGCUGGCUGGCUACUGGACCAUAGUGUAAGAUAUCCCAUCAACAACCCCCGCGCUGAGUGUGGAGCUGGGAAAUCUGGAGUACACUCUGUGUACGCGGACCCCAACCACACAAGCUUCCCUGAACUUGAUGCCAGAUUUGAUGCAUACUGUUUCAGAGCGGACCUUCUACUUAUUGCAAAUGAAACUGGACUGAACAUCACAGAUAUCCAGGAGGCCCUUGUUAACCUGACGUCAAUCACUGACCUGUUGAGGCCUGGUGUUCCUUCCAUCGUUCCUCCGAUUCCUGUGGAGACUUCGGGCUCUGGUUCAGGCUCAGCAGAGUUUGGCUCAGGUUCUGCUUCUGGGGAUCCCUCUGUAGACUUGUCUGGCUCUGGAGACAUGUCCGGUUCUGGAGACACUGUAAUCUCUGGAGAUCUUUCUGGUUCCGGAGACCCGUCUGGUUCUGGAGACCGAGUUAUCUCUGGAGAUCUGUCUGGCUCCGGAGACCUGUCUGGUUCUGGAGACCGAGUUAUCUCUGGAGAUCUUUCUGGCUCUGGAGACCUGUCUGGUACUGGAGACCGAGUUAUCUCUGGAGAUCUUUCUGGCUCCGGAGACCUGUCUGGUUCUGGAGAUCAGGUCACAUCUGGAGAUAAAACUGGUUCUGGAGACCUGUCUGGUUCUGGAGACCUGUCUGGUUCUGGAGACCUGGCUGGCAGUGCUGAGCUGCCAAGUGGAGCAUCAGGUUUCAGCAGUACAGAUGCGUCUGGAUCAGCUCUCAGUGAAGAAGGAUCAGGCAUUACCGUUGUUUUUUCGGGCAUUGACAGCAUUGUCUCUGGAGAGGGCUCAGUUUCAGGAGAACUCCAAGAAGCCGGAGAGGGAAGCACACAGAUCCUAAUCUUUCCUUCAUCUGAAGCAGGCUCUGGAAUGUUCAGUGGUAGCGGGGACCAGUCCGGUUCUGGCUCUGGAUCUGGUUUCAACUCUGCAGAGAGUGGCUCUUCCAGCUCUGAGGAAAGUGGGCAAUUAUCUGGCAUGCCGUCUGGCUUCAUUACAACCCAAGACUUUUCCGGGUUCAGUGGAUUCCCAUCAGGAUUCUCCUUUGGAAGUGCUAGUGGACACUCAGGGGACCUUUCGGGAAGUGGAGAUGCUCCAAUUUUACUGAUAGAUGGUGAACUGAUCGAUGCAUCCAUCCCUGUUACCCACAAGGAGCAUGAACUUGGUGGAGGUCAAUUGGACUUCAGUGGCUCUGGAGACAUGUCAGGAUCUGGGAUUCUCAGUGGUGAUUUCAGUGGCUCGUCCUCUGAAAGUGGCUCUGGGUUCUUCUCAGGUGUGACCUUUGUGGGGUCAGGGUUCACCGAACUUACAGGGUCAUCCUCUGGAGAGCAGGAGGCCUCAGGGUUUUUACUAUACAGCUCUGGACAGGGAAGUGGUGAAUAUUUGUCUGGAUUUGGAAGCAUGAGUUUCGUCUCUGGAUCAGGAUCAGGAAUGUCUGGAUCAGAAAUUUCUGGAUCAGGAAUGUCUGGAUCUGAGUCCUCAACAAGCGGAGAAGAAGGAAGUGUUACAUUCUUGACUGGGGAUUUUAUGACUGAGGCAUCCGGAGACACCACACUGUCUAUGGAGCUUGGACAGGGGUCGGUGGAGUUCAGCGGAGAAGGAAUUGGUAGCAGCAGUGGCUUCUAUUCUGGCAGCGGAGACAACCACUUGUUUACAGCCAGUGGCACUUCUUCAGGCGCUUCCUCUGGAGAUUUGCCAGAGGUUGUGCUGCCCUCUCCGUCUAGUGAGUGGACACUGACAGAGAGCACCCCAGGACCAGAGGAGGCCCGUAGUGGAGCUGAACUGUCACAAACCUCCGGUGACAUCUUUGUAACUGACAGUCCUUUGCUUGCCCCAGCAGGAAUGGCUGCACCUCCCACUGCAGCUUUACCAGCCUCUGUUCGGGCACCUGGCAUAGUUGAAGAAAUGGAGUCAGUGGAGGGUGGUUUUAACCCAUGUGAACCAAACCCCUGUGGUGCUGCUGCAUGCACAGUAGAGGAUGGGGUUGCUCUCUGCCAUGAUGAGCAGCACUGUGAAGACGGUUGGACUAAGUUUCAGGGGAACUGCUACCUGCACUUCACUGACAGAGAGAUGUGGCUGGAUGCAGAGCAGCGCUGCCGGGACUUGAAUGCCCACCUGGUCAGCAUCAUCACUCCAGAGGAGCAACAGUUUGUCAACUCAAAUGCACAGGACUACCAGUGGAUCGGGCUGAACGACAAGACAAUGGAGAAUGACUUCCGCUGGACAGAUGGCACACCACUGCAAUACGAGAACUGGAGGCCGAACCAGCCAGACAAUUACUUCAACUCUGGAGAAGACUGCGUGGUGAUGAUCUGGCACGAGAACGGCCAGUGGAACGACGUGCCGUGCAACUACCACCUGCCAUUUACCUGCAAGAAAGGCCCAGUCUCCUGUGGCGCCCCACCAGAGGUGGAGAACGCCCACAUGUUUGGUAACAGGAGGGAGGAAUACCCUGUCAACUCCAUCAUCCGGUAUCAGUGCAACCCAGGGUUUACACAACGCUACCCUCCGGUGGUUCGCUGUAAAACAGACGGACAGUGGGAGAAACCCCAGGUGGAAUGCACUGAUGUGAAAGCCAGAAAAAGAAUACAGCGGAGGAGCAGGAAAGCAGCAGUGAGCAGCCAGCUUCACUAAGAAGGAAAAAAAAAAAGAGGAAUUUAUUAUUUUGAAAGAACACUUGCAGCACACGGAAAUCCAUUUUCCAUUUUAGUGAAGAUGAUUUGAUGGGUUUAAUUGUUGGAAAAAAGCCCACAUGAAGGGUGCUAUAACAUGGUAAUGUGAUUUUUGUCUAUUCUAUCCCCCCGCCCGUCAUAAUAUAUUUUAAUUAUACAUAAUAAUUUUAUUGCUCUGAGUUUAUUUUUAUUGUGUGUAUUGUAAUAUAAUGUUUGAAAUGAAAUCAUUGCUGGGAUACUUUUAUAGAAGGCAGCAUCUGUCUGGUUCACUGUAGUCUGCUGUAGAUCUGUUGGUUGGUUGGUAAGGUACCAACAAGUCAUAUGUUUGUGUGCCCAUAUGGCAUGGCUUAUUGUGAUAUCUGAAAGCAGGGGGGAGAAGUUAAAGGGAAAUACUAAAAGUUCACAUCAGUCGUCAAAGUUCUCCUCCAGGCUCUGUCCUUUACUGCUGGUUUCUGCACUCAGUGUAGUUGAAAGUUUAGUUUUCUGCAGCCAUUUGCUGCCAUUCCUUCCUGUAAUACAGCGUGAAAAAUAACUUUAAUAGCACGAGAAUCCAUUACAGGAAACCUGGUCCAAAAUUUUGAACAUUUCUUGGAGGUGAAUGAUGUCAAGAUGUGUAAUUAGAGUAUGUUUAGUUUAAGAUAUGAACACAUAAAAGAUAAAUAUCCCAUUUGUGUUUAGAAAAGUUUAUAUACAAAGUUUAUCAACACUCAUAUGAGCAUCUAGAUGAUAUCUGGAUAGAAAUUAUGAAUGCACGCGCGGACUACAGAGUAUAAUUGCACUGGUUAGACAGUUUCAUUUGAUCUGUGUAAUGUGAUGCGAUUCAUCCAGGGUGUCCAAACGGCCACCUGAUAAAUCUUCCACUCCAACUUUUAUCUAUUUUGGCGUGUCUUUAAAAGUUGGAGCGGAUGUUUCAGUUCGACUUGGUUUGGAUAUGCAUGUGAAUCUUAAGAAUUCAAUCACAUAAGGCGUGUAGGUUUAUUACAAACUUAGGAGGAGGUUGACACAACCUGACACAAGUCUAAAUUUAGCUGUCAAGAGGACUAGUUUGACAAGAAAUGGUAAAUGUUGGGGAAUCAAACAUUAAGUAUGGAUUUUUUUUUAUGUUAUUAGGAUUAUUGGAUUACCUCUAAGCCUCUGAAGUGGUUUUAUUGGACAUGAUAUCAUGACACCUCCUUAUACCGUAUGAGUGGAAACAGGAAAAGAACAUUAAUUUGGUGAUAAUCAGACUAAACUUCGCCACAGAGAGAAAGCAAACAAAUCCAAGUCUGCUAUGCUAUGCUAUCUCU